GUAAGUAUUACUAUACUCUGUGCGGUAGAGUUAAAAUUAAGGUUAUGUUAUGUUAUGUAAAGUCUAAACUUCAAAAGCCGAAAACAAAUAAAAAAUAUUAAAACAAAGUUUAUAACAAUAUGUAUUGUGUAUAAAAUAUUUUUGUCACUUAACGAGCUAGUUUUAUCUUAAAUAUGUUUCGAAAUUUUAUGAAAGUUUUAGAACCUUUUAAAAAUCAACUUAGUCGAGCUGUAGCUGGUAAUGGCAAUGCAUUCCAGCAAAACUGCAUAUCCAAAGAACAAAAGCUUACAGAGGCACUGAAAAAGGCAAUACCCGGUAUCACAUAUGUUAGUGUAGAGGAUAUAUCUGGAGGUUGCGGAGCCAUGUAUGAAAUAAGUAUAGAAGCUAAAGAGUUCAAAGGUAUAUCAAGAGUUAAACAACACCGUCUUGUAACUGAAUCCCUGAAGAGUGAAAUUGCCGAGAUGCAUGGGAUUAGGAUACACACGUCACCUUCCCCGGAUACUGAAUGAAGUGAUGAAGAACUAUGGACUAGCAAAAUGUUUAAUAUUAUAAUUAUGGUUGUUUUAUUUAAGACAAAGAAAAUCACAUGCUUAACGUUGUUUGUUUUCUAAAUGAAAAAUUGAUAUUAUUUUUAGUUAGGUCUAUCUGACACACUUAUCUUCACAAUUAGUUAUGAUUUGUUGUGAUUUGCUUAAAUAUAGUGGAAGGUAAUAAUUUCCUCAA